CCCGAGUCGCCACCAAUUGUGCAGCUCCACACACCCACAAAACGAUACAAUGUCGACGCCUAUAGGUGUGAACUUGGAAAGAAGACACCACGCAGCACUAUGUGUUUCGACAUUCUCCGUUCACAAGCUGCAGGGGGGACUUGGAAGCCAGAAUAUACCCUCUCCUCCUUGUUCGCGUCUCUGAUGUCUGCGAUCGUAUCCUGUACGUAAUUCCCGGGUACGAGUAGAUGUCGCAACUGACUUCGUACUGCUACUACUAGUCUACGUUACACAGCAGUAUGGUGGAGAAGUACCCGAAUACGUGACCAUGGAGAAGCUCCAUACAGUCAAACGAGACGCCAAAGCGACUUACGAGCAACAUAAGAGCCACUUACCCAAUGUGCCAAGAAUUCCACUGGUCGAAGCAACAAUGGUACCUGCAAAGAGCCUUUUUGCCCCCCAAGAAAUACAAGCUGGAUGUCCUGUCAAGGUCACAUCGGAGCCAAUAUACCUACAAACUGGGUCUGACGAGGUGCAUUCGUUUGCGGUAGACCUGUCAGGCCUACAUGCAGAUAUUGUCUUUUCAGUCAUCUUGAGCAAUUCGAACGACGUGUUAGGAAGGGAAUCAGGCACAAUAUUGGUGCGUAAUGGAGUAACGGCGACCGCAGCGCGCAAACUUGCCAAUAGAAACACUGUGUGGUUCUAUCACGGCAAGCCGAUGAACGACGGAGAUAUGCGAUUACACGUAACGAUUGGCAGAGACCAGAUGACCUUUGCCUAUUACGAAGACGGUCGCCUGUAUGUCCAUGGGGAUUGUCCGGUAUCGCGAUUGUCUGCGGAACACAUUGGCGAUGUGAGAGACGUUCCAUUCUAUGUGCACAUUUACACGAAAGACAAGACGAGAAAUACUACAGCUUAUAAAGGGGCAGUCACUAUAAAUGUGCUUGAAAUUGAUGGAAAAGGCUAUAUUCACGAGUCAGUGGGCGAGGACGAGCGCAACGACUUUGGAUUUGAGAUGAUACAGCAUUCAGACACAACUUCUGGGCAGGACGUAGAGCCAGCAGCGCAAGAUGAUAGAUUGAGCAGUGCGCUGGCAGGAAUGAUGGUAACGUAGUUGCGUUUCCUAAUUGCUAAACGUCGUACGUGCCUAAUAAUACUGUACCUCUCACUUUUUCAUCGGCGGAGAGUUCUAACGAGUACAUCACUGCACAGAUGUUAGCUUUGGAGAUAUC